CAUUACCACUUACAAACAUAAACAUUCCAUAAAUCUUAAAUCAUAAUCCUAAACCCUAAAUCCAAAUUUUUUUUAAUUGAAUUUAAUUUUUCUCUUAUCUUUUUAUUUUAUGUAUUUUUUUUAUAAUUAAAAAAAUUAAAGACUAGUAUUUUUUAGUAUUAUGUGUUUUGAAUACGCUGACGCUGAGAUAUUAAAUUAUACGGUCCUGCCAUGAAAUAAAGAAAAGCAUGCACCCAGUCCGAAUCUUCUGCUUUCGCUGGACUUAAGCUUCCGAACAAAGCUCUGCUUUUCUGCAUCAAAUCUCCGCUAUUUAUUGGUUAAAAAAUGCGAAAGCGGUCUCAAAGUUCAUCAAUUUCACCUAACACAUCGGCCAACGAAUCAAGUGAUACCUUGCAAACCAAUGAGGAAGCCAAAUUUAAUAACAUUAUUCAGAUAAAAAGGGCAAGGAGGUCAGGAUUUGUAUGGCUGACAUUGUUUGCGGUGAUUAUAUACUCUUCUUGGACUGUUCACCACUACCAGUUUGAGAGUUUGCCUGUGCCCCUUACUGCUGACCAAGCUGGCAAAAGGGGUUUCUCAGAGGUGGAGGCAAUGAAGCAUGUUAAAGCUCUGACUGAAUUGGGCCCUCAUCCUGUUGGUUCUGAUGCUCUCGAUCUUGCUCUGCAGUAUGUUUUGGCAGCAUCAGGAAAAAUUAAAAAAACAGCUCACUGGGAGGUUGAUGUUGAAGUGGACUUUUUCCAUGUUAAUUCUGGUGCAAGUCGUCUGGUCAGCGGCAUGUUUGUGGGGAGAACACUUGUCUAUUCUGAUCUGAAUCACAUCAUAUUAAGAAUCUUGCCAAAAUAUGUACCUGAAGCAGGAGAAAGUGCUAUUUUGAUUUCUUCCCACAUUGAUACUGUUUUCUCAACGGAAGGGGCUGGUGAUUGCAGCUCAUGUGUUGCCGUUAUGUUAGAACUUGCUCGGGGAGUUUCUCAGUGGGCUCAUGGAUUUAAGAAUGCUGUGAUAUUUUUAUUUAAUACUGGAGAGGAGGAGGGUCUAAUUGGUGCUCAUAGCUUUAUAACACAGCAUCCUUGGAGUUCAACCAUUCAUAUGGCUAUUGAUUUGGAGGCAAUGGGUAUUGGAGGAAAGUCCAGCAUUUUCCAGGCUGGACCUCAUCCAUUGGCUGUGGAGAGCUUUGCUUCAGUUGCAAAAUACCCAUCUGGUCUUAUCAUAGCUCAGGAUCUUUUCUCUUCUGGAGUCAUAAAAUCUGCAACAGAUUUCCAAGUGUACAGAGAGGUUGCUGGUCUUUCAGGGCUUGACUUUGCAUACACAGACAAUGGUGCAGUAUAUCACACUAAGAAUGACAAAUUGGAGCUAUUAAAAUCAGGAUCUCUUCAGCAUCUUGGAGAAAAUAUGCUUGCUUUCCUGCUUCAGAUUGCACCAUCCUCUCAUCUUUCAAAAGGCAAAGUAAUGGAUGAUGACAGACAAUCUAACCAGGACACUGCUGUAUUUUUUGAUAUUUUGGGGCAAUAUAUGGUUGUUUACCGUCAACGGUUUGCAAACAUGCUUCAUAAUUCGGUGAUAAUGCAAUCUCUUCUGAUAUGGACUACAUCUUUGCUUAUGGGUGGUUAUACAGCUGCAUUUUCAUUGGUCUUGUCAUGUUUAAGUAUUAUCCUCAUGUGGAUAUUUUCAAUAAGUUUCUCAGCUCUUGUUGCAUUGAUCCUACCCCUGAUAUCUUCAUCACCUGUGCCAUAUGUUUCAACCCCAUGGUUGGUGGUUGGGUUAUUUGCUGCACCUGCUUUUCUUGGGGCUUUAACUGGUCAGCAUUUGGGCUAUCUUGUUUUGCAAAGAUAUUUAUCAAAUGUUUAUGCCAAGAGAAAACAGCUGUCACCUGUUAUCCAAGCUGAUCUGAUCAAGUUAGAGACUGAAAGAUGGCUCUAUAAAGCUGGUUCUCUUCAGUGGCUUGUUCUUUUAAUUAUAGGAACUUACUAUAAAAUCGGAUCAUCAUACGUUGCUCUUGUUUGGCUAGUUCCACCGGCAUUUGCAUAUGGCUUGUUGGAAGCAACUUUAACCCCAGUUCGGUUACCAAAACCUCUCAAACUUGCAACUCUGUUGAUGGGCUUGGCCAUUCCGAUUUUAGUUUCAGCUGGCAUAUUCAUUAGAUUUGCUAACACAAUCAUUGGACUUAGUGUACGAUUUGACAGAAAUCCAGGCGAUACUCCUGAGUGGCUGCCGAGUGUGGCACUUUCCUUUUUUAUUGCAGUUGUUAUAUGCCUGACUCUAGUGUAUCUCCUUUCGUAUAUUCAUCUUUCAGGUGCAAAAACAUCUAUUGUCCUUUCAACUUGUAUUUUCUUUGUUCUGUCACUUGCUGCGGUAUUUUCUGGUAUAAUUCCUCCAUUCACUGAGGACACUGCCAGAGCUGUGAAUGUGGUGCAUGUUGUGGAUACAACAGGAAGACUUGGUGAAAAGCCUAACUCAUUUGUAUCUCUAUCUUCCAUAACUCCUGGAAAGUUGACCAAGGAAAUUGACCAAAUUAAAGAGGGCUUUGUCUGUGGCAGACACAAGGUCAUUGAUUUUGUUACUUUUUCAGUCAAAUAUGGCUGUUUGACCUUUGAUGAAACCGAAGGGGGAUGGAAUGAGUCUGAUAUUCCUGCACUAGAUGUUGUUAAUGAUACAAAUGGUUAUAAGAGAAUCACACAAGUGGUAAUUGAUACAAAGAGGUCCAAACGCUGGUUUCUUGCAAUCAAUACCGAGGAAAUAGAAGAUUUCAUGUUUAAAGUGGAUUCAAAGGAGGUAGUCCCAGCGGAUGGUAAGAGCAGUGUAGAUGGAUGGCAUAUUAUUCAAGUUUCAGGAGGGAAGAAUGCACCAACAAGGUUUGAUCUGACACUCUUCUGGGCAAAAAAUUCCACACGUCAAUCACACAAGAUGCAGGGACAGGAAGAGUUGCAGCGUCCACUCUUGAAGCUCAGAACCGAUCUUGACAAAUUAACACCAAAAGCUGAGAGAGUCCUUAAGAAGCUUCCACCGUGGUGUUCAUUGUUUGGAAAGUCCACAUCCCCACACACUUUAUCUUUUUUGAGUAGUCUUCCUGUUAAGUUUUAGAUACCUGCAAGGAAAUACUAUAAAGAUUUUGGAACACUUGACUUGUUAGAAGAAUAUUGGUUUUCUUGUAUAAGUGCAUAGGAUGAGUUAGUGGAGACACAGUGCAUUCUCGUUUUUUUUUGGCGCUCUUCUGUAAGUGAAGAACCUUGUCCAGCAUCAGAAAUUACUUGUACCUAUCUCCACUUAUCAAUUGUAGGUAAAGAACUUUACAAAUUUUUGUAAUAAAAAUUUGUUACUAUC